CUCCCUGAGUCGUUUGUCAGAGUUGUACUAAGGCAAAUGUAAAUGAUGCUGCUACAAACAGAAUUUAUAAAAAUCGACGACGCCCUGGACAUCUGCAACUCCAUGGAGGAGGAUCUGUUCGAGUGUCUGAGCACUGUGAAGGACAUGAACCGGAAGUACAAUGCACCCGGACGCUACAUCAUCUCCAUGGAGCCCUUCGCCGAGGACUUUCCACUGAGCAGCAGCAAAUCCACGGACUUGGAUGCGACGUCCAUGCGAAGUUGUGACUCCGAGCUGGACAUGCUAAGCCAACUGUAUGGGGCCAGAAGUGCCCAGGAGUUGGACGAGUCGUACGUGGAAGUGCGCUACAAGUUCAUCAGGCUGAAGCGUGACAUCGAGGGUGCCUUUACCCAUUUUCUAAGGAUCGUUGACUGUGCGGAUCGGCAGGAAAAGAUUUCACAUCGCAUGCUGAGGGGCUCGCAGAAUGGCAAGAUAAGGCUGUGCAGACACUAGGAAUGCAAAUUUCUAGCAACUAUUCCAUCAAACUCUGCGAGCGUGUGUAAACUGCAAAUUGUGCCGACACUUUGCAGCUUUUAUUAAAAAUUACUGUCACCAUUA